GGUGCGGGAUCGCGCCCCGCGGGAGGCGUGUGGCACCGCAGGAGCAGCCUGGGCACAGCGCGCCGAUGCAGAUCUAUGGACCCAGAAUAGCAUCUGCGGCAGCUGGGAAAUCAUUCCAGGCCCUUGGCCUGGUGCCUUGGCAGCAAUUUGACAUGAGGAUGGCAGCCAAGGUGCUCUGGGGCAGUGCCAGCCUGCUCCGCGUGGUGUGGUGUCUCCUUCCGCAGACAGGUUAUGUGCAUCCAGAUGAGUUUUUCCAGUCACCUGAGGUCAUGGCAGUUUAAUCUUUACCAAGUUGAUGAAACACUCUGGUUUCUGUUUGGAUCAAAUGUGCUAUCAUUGUCUUAUUUGGCACGGACAUGAGAUGGAGCUGGGAGAGCAGAGGAUGUCCUGGGUAUGGAGGCUGCCCGGCCCUGGGAGUUUUGCCCCAACAGCUCCUGCCGCACAGUGGUCUUCCCGCUGCUGACCUCUGGCUCUGCCUUCUGGCUGCUCCGGCUCUGGGAACGGCUGGGGCCCUGGCCAGGCCCAGUGAGUGGCUAUGUGCUACUGGUGGCUCCCCGGCUCCUCUUCACUGCCCUCUCCUUUGCCCUGGACGCAGCUGUGUACCACCUGGCCCCACUGUGGGGGGCAGAGCGUUGGAAUGCCCUGGUCCUGCUGGCCAGCUCCUAUGUCACUCUUGUCUUCUAUACAAGGACCUUCUCCAACGCCAUUGAGGGACUGCUCUUCGCGGGGCUGCUGGUGCUGGUAUCCCCCCGUGCAGUGUGGGGCCUCGCAUCCAAGAAGCCUGUUCCGGACCCGUGGUGGCACAGCUGGCUUCUCGGGGGCAUCGUGGCUGCUGGCUUCUUCAACCGGCCCACCUUCCUGGCCUUUGCUCUGGUCCCCCUCUUCCUCUGGGGCAUUUGUGGAGCCAUGAAUCCCAGCUUCAAGACACUGACCCAUGAAGCCCUGGUGCUGCUCCCAGGAGCGGCCCUCACAGCGGCAACAUUUGUAGCUGUCGACAGCUGGUACUUCUCCAGCCCAUCUACAUCUAGUACCCUUGUACUUACACCUGUCAACUUCUUGAAUUACAACCUGGAUCCCCAAAACCUGGCAAAGCAUGGCACACAUGCACGGCUCACUCACCUGGCAGUCAACGGCUUCCUGCUCUUCGGGGUGUUGCAUGGCCAGGCCCUGCAGGCUGCAUGGCAACAGCUUCCAGUCUGCCUCCGGGCCUUUGCACAAAUGAGCUUCCUGAAGGCACUGGGUGCCCAGGGCCUGCUGCCCAGUCCCAGGUCUCACCUCCUUCUCCUCUACUUUGUGCCCCUGGCCCUGCUGUCUGUCUUUAGCCACCAGGAGGCGCGGUUCCUGAUCCCCCUUCUGGUGCCCCUUGUCCUGCUUUGCAGUCUGCAGACCCAACCGGUGCCCUGGAAGGGUGCCCUGGUCCUCUUCAAUGCCCUGGGUGCCCUCUUCUUUGGCUGCCUGCACCAGGGGGGCCUCGUGCCUGGCCUGGGGCACCUGGAGCAGGUGGUCCAUGCACCUGUGCUCCCUGGCAUGCCCACACACUACACACUUCUCUUUGCCCACACCUACAUGCCCCCCCGGCACCUCUUACGCCUCCAAGGCCUGGGGUCACCUGUGGAGGUGGUGGACAUGGGUGGGACCAAGGACUGGGUCCUGUGCCAAGCCCUGAACAACUUCACCAGACAGCCAGCCUGCCAGGCGUCUGGCGGGCCAUGGCUCUGCCGCCUCUUUGUGGUGACCCCUGGCACCAUCCGGCCUGCUGUGGAGAGGUGUGGCUUCCCCCUCAAGAAUGAGACACUCGUGUUUCCCCACUUGACCCUAGAGGACCCACCAGCCUUGUCUUCUCUGCUGAGUGGGGCUUGGAGGGACCACCUCAGCCUUCAUAUCAUGGAGCUGCAGGAGAAACCUGGCAGAAUGAUGGAGCAGCCACUGCCCAAACUUCAGCCAGAGAAUCUGCCACCCCACCUUCUAGAUGAGUAGCUGGGUUGGGUCAGAGCCCUGGUUCUCAUCCUUUCUUUUCCUUUCCAGAAUUCCCACUCUGCCUCUCCUGGGCAUAGCUGUUGGCUGCUCUGCUUUCUGGGUUAGUGGGCACCUUUUCCCUCAGAGACCAAAGAUAUGACCAGUCAAGUCCUGACGCCAAGGUCCCCAAAGAAUCUGGCAUAACUAAUGGUACCUAACAUCUACUCUUGACCUAUUCUGUUCAGCCACAGUGAUGUUUUAAAUAUAUCAAAAUGCCUGGUUGUGAAAAGAAAUGAUCUGCCAAUGACAUUCCUGAAUGACCUCUCCUAAACCUUCCAUGAUGCCUUACCUCUUGCUGUCAUGACAACCUGUUGGCCUCACAGGUGCCUAGAAAGCAGUGAAGUGUGAAGGAGAGACAACGUGAUUCAGAUUCAGGAGACCUGAGUUCUAGUCCCUGGUCUUCCACUUUACUGGCUGUGUGAUUCUGAGAAAAAGCCCCGUCUCCUCACCUAGUCCAUUCCCCAAUCUCUACAUGGAUCAGAGAACCUCUGAGGUGUCUUGCCAGCUAACAGUGAGCCAUUCCUGGAGUCAUAGCACAUGGACCCUGGCUGGGCAGUCAGAGCUCUUUAAGCAUGAAAGUGGGGAGUGUUUUUGUAUUUCACGACAUUUUGAUGCCUGCUGUCUCAGUGUUUGCUUAUUACCAAAACAAGUCAUUUUCAAGCUUUUCUCCCCACUCUCUUCUACUGUCCCUGACAGAGAUGGUGGGAAAGUGCCUUGCCCUUUGAGAAUCAUUUCCCCAGAUUAGAACCCAGAUGUUCUGCCUCAGUAUUGCUGUCUAUUUAGGCAGCCUCCCCUUUGGGAAGAGAACAUGCAGGGCUCAGUCAGUAUCUGAUGGCACUUGAGGACAACUUGGUGCUCCCAGAGGCCUUUCUUCUUAAGUGUGGUACGGUCACUCUCCAAGUUCAGAGCCUAAAACCUCUCUUCAUGGGAUAGAGAGCAAACCCCAUGACAAACCAACACCCCCAAGCAUGUUGCUCCCCACAACAGCGGGUACCUUCCACCCCAGCCACUGGGAGUGUGAAACACUAUGGCCUGGCAUCAUUCUCCCUCCUCAUGCUCUUACCAUCCCAAAUGAGAACAAGAGACACCUAGCUCACAGGGAAGAUCAGCGACCUGGAGGUCAGCACAGAGCAGGAGAUCAAACCUAUGGAAAAGGUGAAGCCUGAGUCCUUUUCGUUGUCUUCUGGCUAAAGCCUUGGUUACCUUAGAGCAACACCCCAUGCAGGCAUGCAGCUCUGUGGCUGCCACUGGGGUCCUAGAGCCACCUCUCUCUUGGAACUCACUCAGGCCAACUGAGGAAGAGGAACGUCUGACCUGCUGGCAAAUGUUUAACAACUAACUCUUUUUUGAGGGGGAGGGGGCAGAGUAUGGGAGACCUGAUUUGUAGCAUUUGCUGAUUUCCAUGGUGUAAAUAUUCCCACCACAGUCGAUUCAAGCUACCAACACGAUGCCACUGAACCAGGAGCUGGGAAGAAAUGUGAACAAUCUGCUUUCAUGAGCCAGUACGAGCUGGCUCUAGCACACCACGAGACAUUUCCCUCCUUGGAACUUUAUGGUACCCAUUCAUGACACUUCAUUAUUCUGGUGAGCACUUACUUGUUUACUUUCCAGCCAAAGAUGGCUUUCUGCCCAACAGAUAUUAAAUCAAGUGGUAACUUGGAGAUACCCCAGACUGUGGGACCCCAAACUUUCCUUUGGGCUUCUUGGGACUUUUGCCUCUCCCCUCCCCCACAACUGGGUUCACACCCUCAGAAUUCCCUGGAGGAACUGUUGGUGUGGCAGUCCAUGUAGAUUGUGGUGGUCCCUAAGCUCUAAUA